AUGGCAACCGAACGAAGCAGAGACAACGCUACUAAGAGGCCUAGUGAAACCAACUUCGAAGACGAACUGGAUGUAGGCGACGAUUAUGUACCAUAUGUGCCUCUUGCCAAACGCAGAGCCGAAAAAUACAGCAAACUUAUUUCAAAGAAGGGUGCUGACUUUGGAAUACAUUCCAGCAAUGGUUAUGGGAGUGAACAGGACUCACAUGGAGCUUCACUGCAUAAUAGUGUUAGAGCAGGGAGUAGCGGCGCAAAUGAAGAAAACAAUGAGGAUGAAGGCACUGUCCCCAAUGUUGGUCCUCUUGCUGGUGUCAGUUUGAUUGAGCAAUCUGUUGAGAUCCGUAAGGCUCAAGUCAAUGCAGAGGAGCAAAAAACAGACGCUCAAAGGGCAAUGGAAGAAGAAGCCAAGAUCCUAGCUGCUGUCACGGAACGGAAACAGCUGGCUUCUGUCGAGGAAAUCUCAAAGGGAAUCGUUUAUAGAGAUCCCAUUAAGACAACAUGGAGACCACCCCGGCAUGUGCGAGAAAUGACUGAGGAACAACUUGCAGCCGUACGACAAAAAUAUCAUAUCGAUGCGGAAGGAGAAGACAUACCUCCAGUCAUUAAAGCUUUCAGAGACAUGAAGUUUCCAAAGCCAGUACUUGACUAUCUAAAGAACAAAGGAAUCAAAAUGCCUACGCCGAUUCAAAUGCAAGGGCUGCCUGUAGCUUUAUCAGGAAGAGAUAUGAUCGGCAUUGCGUUCACUGGUUCUGGAAAAACUCUAUCAUUUACAUUGCCAUUAGUGAUGCGAGCAUUAGAGGAGGAAACAAAGAUGCCCUUAGCCAAAGGAGAAGGUCCAAUUGGAAUGGUCGUCUGCCCAUCGCGAGAAUUGGCAAGGCAAACAUAUGAAGGAUUCAUGGCUCUAGCGGAUAUGUUACAUAAAGGAGGAUAUGCGCAGAUCAAGAUCUUGCUGUGUAUGGGUGGUAUCAACAUGCAGGACCAGGCAUCUCUCUUCCAUGGGGGAAUCCAUGUUGUUGUAGCAACUCCAGGACGUCUUCAAGAUAUGCUUGCGAAAAAGAAGUUCAAUCUGGAUCUGUGUACAUAUAUGUGUAUGGAUGAGGCAGAUCGAAUGCUUGAUAUGGGGUUCGAGGAAGAGGUCCGCACGAUUCUAUCAUAUUUUAAGCACCAACGUCAGACUAUCCUUUACUCCGCCACUAUGCCUAAAAAGAUUCAAGAUUUCGCCCGCUCUGCUCUUGUCAAACCCGUCGUCGUCAACGUAGGUCGUGCAGGUGCUGCUAAUCUGGACGUUAUUCAGGAAGUAGAGUAUGUAAAGCAAGAAGCGAAAAUUGUCUACCUACUUGAGUGCCUUCAAAAAACGCCUCCCCCUGUAUUGAUUUUCGCGGAAAACAAGAAUGAUGUGGAUGACAUCCAGGAGUAUCUUCUUUUGAAGGGUGUCGAGGCUGUAUCCAUCCAUGGAUCCAAGACCCAAGAGGAGCGCGAGUACGCUAUCAACGCAUUCAAGUCAUAUCAGAAAGACGUUUUAGUCGCUACUGAUGUAGCCUCAAAGGGAUUGGAUUUCGCUGAGAUCCACCAUGUUAUUUUGUUUGAUAUGCCUAAAGAAAUUGAGGAUUAUGUUCAUAGAAUCGGUCGUACUGGUCGUUCAGGAAAGACUGGUAUUGCAACUACAUUUAUCAAUAUGAAUUCAUCGGAACAAAUCCUGCUAGAUCUGAAGCAUUUACUCAAGGAGGCAAAGCAACGAGUUCCACCAGUGUUAGAGGCACUGGAGGAUCCUACCGAGAAAUACAAAGACAUGGGUGUGGCAGGAGGGUGUGGUUACUGUGGUGGUUUGGGUCAUCGUGUGACAGAAUGUCCCAAGCUAGAACAGCAGCAGAAAUCCAAGAACAGUGGAAUGAUGCGGCCAAGCGAACGAGCAGGAAACGAAAUGUAG